CCCAGUUCCGGUUUCCUUUUCUCCCUUCAUACCUCUUUUCCUCUUCCUCUUUCUCUUACGAGCCCGGCGUCAAAUAGGUCAUUGACUGACCUCAUUUCUACAACCCUUCUUCCCUUCAUUCAUUCAAUUUUCGCAUCUACGGUCGAUCCGUACGAUUGAGUUCUUGAACCCUGAAGCUAUUCGGUUGAACCCUAACGUCACCUAUUCACUCCCGCUCGCUAAUCGCGUCAAGGACUGUUACGCAGCCUCGCUAAGCGACCGACCUUAGUCUAGCCCCGACACCCGACACUUAGCCCCCGCCACACAGUCCUCAAAAGGGCCUCCCGAGCUUCUCACCCACCCCACCUUACAUCCCAUUUCCUUCCUCCCUUUCCGGACUCCUACCUCACCCUCGUCUACGACGACUCCGUCCAACUCGCUGGCAACAAAAAUGGCCAACUAUUCAUUCCUUACUUUCUUUUCCUUCCUUUCCGUCCUCUUGGCUUCCUCCUCUCUACUCGCCAAUGCAUCACCGAUCAGUGGUCUUGACCUGGGCCUACCUGAAGAUUGUGAGGCGCAGGUGUUGACCAAGUGUACUGUGCCGAAUACUGUUGCGUUGACUUUUGACGACGGACCCUACGUCUACUUGAAGCAGGUGCUAGACACGCUCAAUGAAGAGGGUAUUAAGGGGACUUUCUUCUUCAGUGCGUCAUUUCUCUUCUGUUUGUGGUUUUGCGUGCUGACGGUUGUCGACUCGUCCGUUCCUCCUCGAACCCACUCACGCUGGAUGUACUCCCUUGCCGAACACCUCCCCACGCCGCUGCUCGACCCACAACCAACUCGACCUCCCUUCACCAACGCGCCUCACCUCUCUAACCAACGCGCCUCACCUCCCUACACCCUCACCUCACCUCGCCUCACCUCUCCGCUCCGAACAGACGGCAACAACUUUGCCUGCAUCUACAGCGAAGAAAUCGUGCCCGCCGUCAAGUACGCGUUCGAGACGGGCCACGAGAUCGCCAGUCAUACCUGGGGUCAUAAGAAUUUGAGUACUUUGAGCUGGGAUGAGAUCCACCACGAGAUGUUCCUAGUCGAACGCGCACUCGAGAAGAUCGUCGGUGUUACUCCUGCGCUUAUGCGGCCUCCCUUUGGCGAGCACAACCUCCUCGUGCGGCAGGCAUCCAAACUCCGUGGGCAGACGAUUGUUAACUGGGACUUUGACUCGGAAGACGCCCGCGCCGCCUCGGUCGAAGAGCAGAAAGCGCUGUACGAUGAAGUCGUCGCGCGCCGCCCGGAGAGUAUCUUGUCGUUGCAGCAUGAAGUGCACGAGAGCUCUGUGUAUGUCCCUUCUCGUUUCGUCUUCGUAGGGUUGGGGUGUGCUGAUUCUGUUCUUUCUGUCGCUUUCGUCGCCUCGUCUUGUGUCGAUUCUCGAUCGUGCUUGUUCGUCCCGGGACGCCUUCCGUUCCUUCAACUACCCCUCGACAUACACAACCGCUCCUCACCAUACUCGACCGCUCCUCACCAUACUCGACCGCUCCUCGACACACCCGACACUCAAACUCCCAACCGCGAUAAACAGCUUCGAAGUCCUCCCCUACGCGAUCAAAGUCCUCAAAGAAGCCGGCUACAACUUUGUCACUGUCUCUGA